AUGGAGGGCGCUAAUACAUCUAAGGCUGCGUCAUCAUCAAAGGCUGCGUCUGUGGCGACAUCUCAGGCCAGUCCGGUUUUGCUCUCAGCGGGGCGUUCAGGGAACAGACCUCAGCAGCAGCGCAGCCGGACGGUGGCUUGCCCCUCUGGACCAGCUAUGGAGGGCGCUAAUACAUCUAAGGCUGCGUCUGUGGCGACAUCUCAGGCCACACCGACCGCAGACCGGAACAUGGACGAAGAACUUCUGGCCAACAAGGAGAAGAGCGCCGAUAUAGCAGCACAGGGGCCAUUGGAGAUGGAGGCCAGCAGCGAUGAGGAGUCCAGCGAUGCUGCAAGUAAUCCAGGCGGAGCGACCACAGUGUAUGAAAGCACUGCGCAGGGCAGCGACUUCGAGGACCCGGAGUUAGGCAACCUCUCUGUGGAGGACGAGCAGUGGCUGGCAGCUUGCCCUAAGAAGACAGCCCGGCAGAAGACGCGCGAGAAGACUGGCCGCAACCGCCGCAGAGCUGGAAAGCGCGUCCAGGAGCAGACGCUCAAGAAAUGGGUGCCGUCUCACCUCCGCAAGCAUCAGUCGACGCAACAGAACGCCAGACGCUCCCCGGCGCACGAUGCCGCAAGCGCCGCAGAGCACACCGCCAACCAGCAGAAAACUGGUUUUUCCCUCGCCAUCGCCAUCCUCAGUUGUACCGCCCUUGCCUCCACCAUCGCCAGGGCUCCAGUCGCCGCCGGCGCUUGCGUCGCCGCCGUCGCCAGAACCACCAGAAGAACUCGUCCUCCUGACCCAGCUAGCCUUGUCACCAAUGCCGACUGCCCCGUCGCCAGCGCAGAUGUCGCCGGGACAAGCGUCUCAGUCUCCUAUGCCCAGGGGGUCUGCGGCAGUGUCAGCCAAGUGGGGCUUCAACUUGCAAGCAAAGAAGUCAACGGCCCACACAUCCCAGGAGCCGGUGACGGAAACAGUUCGAGAGCUCUACGCUGCGAGGACAGAGGAGAAUGUUUUGGAGAUACUGUGGUCUCCAAUCUCUUUGACAAGUUGGGCUCAUAUGAGCAAAUCUAUGACACUGUGCGCAAGAGGCUCGAAGAGAUUUGGGCAGACGAGCGCACACAUCGUGACCUCAACCUGGACCCGGAGUGUGCGUUCUCAACCCACUUUCCAAUGCCCUUCUUCCGCGCAGCAGAGACUGUGGCCUUGAAAAAUGGUUGGCAUUUGGAGUCCUUCUUGCUUUCCUUGAUGAACAAUGUCCCCUUCCUGGAACACCGGGCGACGCGACUGACGCCAACAGCUGGGAAGCACAUUCAAGAGCUUCAAGAGGUAGAGCGGCCAAAGAAGAAGAUGAAAAAGGGUGACGACGCCCAUUCUGACGAUGACGAGGCCAAGGAGGCGCAGGAUGCUGCGCUGCAGGCUUGGCUGCAAAAAUCCAACGAGAUGUACGGCUCUGACAGCCUCCUACACGUCCAUGCUGGAGAUUACGCCUCCAAGUACGCAACGGACGACCUGAAGCAAUGCAGCAUGGUGGAGGCAACGCUCAAGGGGGCCGAGGCCGAUUCGAAAAUAACAGGGACAGAGCGCAUCGGCUGGACUUGCUACAAGUCUCUCAUCAAGCUAUACGGACAGAAUGAAGCGGCAGAGUGGACCCUGCGGCCGACUCCAAAUGGUUUUCCCAAGAGGAUGACCAUUGCUUUCUCAGGAGAGCGAAACCCGAUGGAUGAGGACAUUGUAGACAGCCUCUCAGUCGGCAUCCUGCAGAACUUGCACGACUGGCUUCUUGCCCGCGCAACGGUGCUGUCGGCAGUUCGCUCCGCGACGAACGACUUCAUGGAUCAGUUUCCGUUUGAGGACAAGCACUGGAGUACCAAACUGGCGUUCUUGACGACAGACGUCAUCCGGUUUGCCUCGGCCAUCAUGAGGGUUUCCCAGUUCUUCGAAGCGCUCACUCCUGCCUUUCGAAACGUCCCCACCAAUCGGCGAGUGCAAUUCAAUCACUUCGAGGUCGUCGCUGCGGUGCGACUGUGGCUCCGGCAGGUGCAUUUGGUCCGGGGCUACAGUCGAUUCAUCGAAAGCUUGGAGGCCAAGCUGGAUGUAAAGGAAAAGGGCUUGGCGGAGAUGAUGAGUAAGGCCCCACCACCACGCACAAAGCGCGGCCCGGUGCUGGAAGGGAUCGAUCUCUUGAUGGCGCAGAUCCUGGAUCAUCCAUGCACAGCAGGGGGGGUCGACUUCUCAAGCUCGAUGUUGCGCACGAAGCUGAAGGAUCGAUAUCGAGAUGAAUCCAAGCUUGCGAAUAAGAUUGCGGAGUCCGGAGGCAACCCAGAAGCUGGUCGUCAAAGGUCUUGUCGUGCCUGGGGCUGA